AUGAUGCUGCUUCCAGGAGGCCCCUCAAGACUCUCCAUUGCUCUUCUUCCAGCUCUGCAGUGCCUGGACUCUCUGCGGCCUUGUGUCAACGAGGGAAAAUGCGUCUCCUAUCGUAACGGCACAGGACACUGCAAGUGUCCAGAGGGUUUUCUUGGAGACUACUGUCAGUACCGGAACCCUUGUGAGAGCUAUACCUGUCAGAAUGGAGGGACCUGCGAGAGCUCCUCGGUGAUAGGCAAAGCCAGGUGUAGAUGUGCAGUAGGGUUCGCGGGCGAGGACUGCAGAUUCUCCGAAUCACACAUCUGCCUGGUGUCUCGCCCCUGCUUAAAUGGAGGGACCUGCCAGCUGCUUCUCCAGGACACAUACGAGUGUGUCUGUCCACCAGGCUACACAGGAAAGGACUGCCAGUGGCUCGAUGCCUGUGUGUCGCAGCCGUGUGCCAACGGGAGCACAUGCGUGACGUCUGCAAGUGGGUUCUCCUGCACCUGCCCAGCAGGCUACACUGGCCCCAAGUGCGAGAGUGACGUGAAUGAAUGUGCCACCCCAGGACAAUGCCAGCACGGUGGAACCUGCCACAAUUUGCCCGGGUCCUACCAGUGCCAGUGCAAGCCAGGCUUCACGGGACCCCGCUGUGAGAGCACGUACGUGCCGUGUUCACCUUCGCCGUGUCUGAACGGAGGGACGUGCCAUCAAACCAGUGACUUCACCUACGAGUGCAACUGUCUGCCAGGCUUUGCAGGAAACACCUGUGAGCAGAAUAUCGACGACUGCCCCCGACACAGUUGCCAGAACGGCGGGGUGUGCGUGGACGGCGUCAACACCUACAACUGCCACUGCCUCCCACAGUGGACAGGCCAGUUCUGUACCGAGGACGUGGAUGAGUGCCAGCUCCAGCCCAACGCUUGCCUGAACGGCGGGACCUGCACCAACCACAACGGGGGCCACAGCUGCGUCUGUGUCAACGGCUGGAGCGGGGAGGACUGCAGCAAGAACAUCGACGACUGCUCCAACACGCCCUGCACUGCCGGGUCGACCUGCAUCGACCGCGUGGCCUCCUUCACCUGCGUCUGCCCGGAAGGGAAGGCCGGUCUCCUGUGCCACUUGGACGAUGCGUGUGUGAGCAACCCGUGCCUGAAGGGAGCGCUGUGUGAUACCAACCCCCUGAAUGGACACUACAUCUGCACCUGCCCCCAGGGCUACAAGGGAGCAGACUGCAUGGGCGAUGUGGAUGAAUGUGCCAUGGCAAGCAGCAACCCGUGUGAGCACGAUGGGAAAUGUGUGAACACAGAAGGCUCCUUCCACUGCGAAUGUCUGAAGGGCUACACGGGGCCGCGCUGCGAGCUGGACAUCAACGAGUGUCUCUCCGAGCCCUGUCAGAAUGACGCCACUUGCCUGGAUAAGAUCGGAGGGUUCACGUGCCUGUGCAUGCCAGGGUUUAAAGGUGUGCACUGUGAGCUGGAGAUUAACGAGUGCCAGAGUAAUCCCUGUGUGAACAACGGGGAAUGUCUGGAUAAAGUCAAUCGCUUCCAGUGUGUCUGCCCACCUGGGUUCACUGGAGCCGUGUGCCAGAUCGACAUUGACGACUGCUCCAGCACCCCGUGUCUAAAUGGAGCCAAGUGCAUUGAUUACCCAAAUGGCUACGAGUGCCAGUGUGCCACAGGGUUCUCCGGCACGUUGUGUGAAGAGAACAUCGACAACUGUGACCCGGACCCCUGCCACCACGGGCAGUGCCAGGACGGAAUUGACUCGUACACCUGCGUCUGCAACCCAGGCUACACGGGGGCCAUAUGCAGCGAGCAGGUGGACGAAUGUCAGAGCAGCCCCUGCCUCAAUGAAGGACGCUGCAUCGACUUGGUGAACGGCUAUCACUGCAACUGCCUGCCGGGCACCUCAGGCGUGAACUGUGAGAACAACGUGGAUGACUGUGCGAGUAACCCCUGCAUUAACGGCGUCUGCGUCGAUGGCAUUAAUCGCUACGAGUGCGUCUGCAGGCCGGGAGUUACAGGUCCGAGGUGCAAUGUGGACAUUGACGAAUGCCUCUCCAGUCCCUGCCGGAACGGUGGAACGUGUGAAAAUGAAAUGAAUGGGUUUCGGUGCCUGUGUCCAGACGGCUUCCAUCAACCCGUCUGUCAGUCGCACGCUGACGAGUGUCUAAGGAACCCCUGUGUGCAUGGCAACUGCACGCAGGAUGGCAGUGGGUACACGUGUCUCUGCGACCCAGGCUGGGGGGGAGCCGACUGCGAAGUGGAACAGAACGCCUGCCUGUCAGACCCGUGCCAGAACGGCGGCAUUUGUGACAGUCUAGCAGCUGGCUACAGAUGCAAAUGCAGGAAAGGAUUCAAAGGUGUGAACUGCCAGCUCGCGCUGUCUCCCUGUUCCUCUGAGCCAUGUGCGAACUCUGGCGUCUGCCGCCCGGCGCCCAACUCGGAGGGCUACGCCUGCCAGUGUGCUGCUGGCUGGGAAGGCCAGAGGUGCACCGUGGACGUAGACGAGUGUGUGUCAAAGCCCUGCAAGAAUCAGGCGCUGUGCCGUAACACUCAGGGCAGUUACGUGUGCGAAUGCCGUCCGGGCUUCACUGGACGAGGCUGCGAGAGCAACGUUGACGACUGCCUCCCAAAUCCCUGCCAGAAUGGAGCUGUGUGUGUGGACGGGGUGAACUCCUUCUCGUGCACCUGCCUGCCUGGCUUCCAGGGGAAUAAGUGCCAGGCAGAUAUCAACGAGUGCCUGAGUGAGCCCUGCAGGAACGGUGGCACCUGCACGGACUACGUCAACAGCUACACCUGCAAGUGCCGGGCAGGAUUUGAGGGGACCCACUGCGAGAACAACAUUGACGAGUGCACCGAGAGUUCCUGUUUCAAUGGAGCCACUUGUGUGGAUGGGAUCAACUCCUUCUCCUGCCAGUGCCCGGCGGGCUUCACCGGGGCCUUCUGCCUGAUGGAGAUCAACGAAUGCGAUUCCCACCCUUGUCUGAACAAAGGGACUUGUGUGGACAGCCUGGGGGCCUACCAGUGCCUCUGCCCCCUGGGUUACACCGGGAAGGACUGCCAGACACUGCUGGACCUGUGCGCCAAGGUUCCCUGUAAGAACAAAGGCACGUGCGUCCAGAGGGGAGCCCAGGUUCACUGCAUCUGUCCGCCUGGCUGGACCGGCGCCUACUGUGACGUGCCCAACGUCUCCUGUCAGGUUGCUGCUUCGCAGAGGGGGCUCCCUGUAGACCAGUUGUGUCAGCAUGACGGCAUCUGCUUGGAUGUGGGCAGCAGCCACCGCUGCCAGUGCCGUCUGGGCUAUGCUGGAAGCUACUGUGCAGAGCAGCUGGACGAAUGCGCCUCCAACCCGUGCCGGAACAGUGCCACCUGCCGCGACUACCUGGGGGGGUAUCAGUGCGAGUGUGUGCCCGGGUACCAAGGCGUCAACUGUGAGUACGAAGUGGAUGAGUGCCAGCUCCAGCCCUGCCAGAACGGAGGAACCUGCAUUGACCGCGUCAAUCAUUUCAUGUGCUCCUGCCCGCCAGGAACUCGGGGCCCUCGGUGUGAGGAGAACAUUGACGACUGUGCGGCUGGGGGAGAGCCCCACUGCUUUCAUGGCGGGCAGUGCGUUGACCAGAUUGGGGGCUACAGCUGCCGCUGCCUGCCUGGCUUCGCCGGCGAGCGCUGCGAGGGGGAUGUGAACGAGUGCCUCUCCAACCCUUGCAGCCCCCAGGGCAGCCUCGACUGCAUCCAGCUGGUGAACGACUUCACGUGUGUCUGUCGCCAGGCCUUCACCGGGCGUCGCUGUGAGACCGUCAUGGACGUGUGCGCCCAGCAGCCUUGUCGCAAUGGCGGGGCGUGUGCACUUGCCAGUCAUGUCCCUGAGGGGUUCGCCUGCCAGUGCCCUCCAGGCUACGCUGGGUUCCAGUGCGAGCUGGGCAGCCCCAGCGCCUGCGGGCUGGUGACGUGCAGGCAAGGGGAGCAGUGCGUCCAGUUCCCCUCGGGGCCCCGGGCCCCUGGCAGGAAGGCCUCAGCUGCUGUAACCCCCAGGUACGACGGGUACUGUGCGGAUCACUACGGGGACGGGCACUGCGACCAGGGCUGCAACAGCGAGGAGUGCGGCUGGGACGGGCUGGACUGCGCCGGCGACAAAGCCGAGAAGCUGGCUCAAGGGACCCUGGUCGUGGUGGUGCUGAUGGCCCCCGAGGAGCUGCUGCGCGACGCCCGCAGCUUCCUGCGCUCCUUGGGGGCCGUGCUGCACACCAACCUGAGGAUCAAGCUGGACUCGCAGGGAGAGCCCAUGGUGUUCCCAUACUACUGGGAGAGGCCGGCAGCCCGGAGUCGCCGGUCGCUCCCAGUCCAGCGCCGGCCCAGGGAGCUGGAGCUGGAGCAGGAGCAGGAGCAGGAGGGCCUUGGCACGAGGGUGUUCCUGGAAAUCGACAACCGGCAGUGCGUGGAAGAUUCAGACCAGUGCUUGACGAGCACGGAGGACGCUGCCGCUCUGUUGGCAGCUCAGGCUAUCAAGGGUCUGCUGCGCUACCCCUUCGUGUCCGUGCGGAGUGAGCCGUGGCUGCCCCAGGAGCCCCAGCUGCUGUAUCUCCUUGCGGUGGUAGCUGUGAUCGUCCUGUUCAUCCUGCUGCUGGGGGUGCUGCUGGCAAAGAGGAAGCGCAAGCACGGCUCCCUCUGGCUGCCCGAGGGCUUCGUUCUGCGCCGGGACCCCAGCAACAGCAAGCGCAGAGAGCCCGUUGGGGAAGACGCAGUGGGGCUGAAGGAUCUGUCCGGUCAAGCCGCAGAGGGCAGUUUGGCUGAUUGCAGCCCCACCGAGCCCUGGACAGGGAACGGAGGCCCAGCGCCUAAGAGAGCAAAGGCUGAAGCGCAGGCUCUGCUGUCGGAAGGCGAGGAGCAGGUAGAUCAGCGCCAGUGGACACAGCAACACCUGGAGGCAGCUGACAUCUGCGGGACUCCGUCCCUGGCCCUUACACCCCCGCAGGAGGCCCUGGAGACGGAGGGGCUGGACGUCAAUGUGCGAGGGCCAGAUGGCUGCACCCCCCUCAUGUUGGCCUCUCGCUGGGUGGGCAGCUCCGAGGUCAGUGAUGAAGACGAAGACACAGAAGAUUCUUCAGCAAAUAUCAUCACAGACUUGAUUUAUCAGGGCGCCAGCGUGCAGGCCCAAACAGACCGCACCGGGGAGAUGGCGCUGCACUUGGCAGCCCGCUAUUCGAGAGCGGACGCGGCGAAGCGCUUGCUAGACGCGGGUGCCGAUGCAAAUGCCCGAGACAACAUGGGGAGGUCUCCCCUGCAUGCGGCCGUGGCAGCUGAUGCGCAGGGGGUCUUCCAGAUCCUGAUCCGCAAUCGAGUGACGGACCUGGACGCGCGGAUGAACGACGGCACCACCCCGCUGAUCCUGGCUGCCCGCCUGGCGGUGGAAGGGAUGGUGACCGAGCUGAUCAACUGCCAGGCCGACGUCAACGCCGUGGAUGACCAUGGCAAAUCUGCUCUGCACUGGGCUGCCGCUGUGAACAACGUGGAGGCAACGCUGGUGCUGCUGAAAAACGGAGCCAACCGAGACAUGCAGGACAACAAGGUAGAGCGGGUGUGCUCGGUGCUGCCUCCCGGCGCUCUGCCCCGGGACGGCCAGGCUCCCUUCAGCCUUCCAAAGGGCUGGAGCCAGCAGCUCCCCUUGGCCCCAAAUCUGCUCUGCACUGGGCUGCCGCUGUGA